UAUUAAGAAAAUCUUUCAGCUUAAUCAAACUCUCUUAAUGCAGCUUUCUUUUUUAUUUGAAAUUUGCCUACUCAUGUUCAGUAGGUCUUGUCAAACAUCUUUGAGACUUCUUAUUAUUUCUAGCAUAUUGCGGUCGUUCUCUCAGACGUGUAUAAAUACCUCUGCAAGUGACACAUACAUCAUCUACAUACUCAAAGUGGCAUGAGACAAGGCGAUCUGCUGGUUCCAAAUUUGUCUGCCGAUUUCCAAGUUAACCACGCGCUGAACUUAACAGCAUGUUUUCCACACUCCGGGUUAACGUAUUGGCUAUACUGAUCUGUGCAAGCAUAUUAGACACAGAUGGACAUGGAUAUCUAUACGAUCCGCCAUCUAGGUCCUCUCUGUGGAGACACGGGUACAACGUGGAGCCAAACUUCGACGACAACGCCUUAUACUGUGGUGGUAGAGAGGUGCAGUGGGGUUGGAAUGGCGGGAAGUGCGGGGUGUGUGGAGACCGAUUCGACGGACCGCGCCACAAUGAGGCUGGUGGCAAAUACGCCACUGGCAUCAUCUCUAGGAAUUAUGCACAGGGUGGGGUUAUUCCUAUCACAGUCAAACUGACAGCUCCUCACGCAGGCUGGUUUGAGUUCCGGAUCUGCCCUAACAAUGACAUCACAAAGGCGGUCACACAAGAGUGUUUGGACAAGUAUCUGCUGGGAUUGGCAAGAAACCCGGAUGAAACACGUUUUAAUAACGUCACCAAAGGCGGCAUCUUCCCCAAAGGAGAAAUAUACAAUCUGGAGUAUCGACUUCCGGCCUCUUUGACCUGCGCACAAUGUGUUCUACAAUGGCGGUACAAUGCAGGUAAUGACUGGGGGUGUGUGGAAGGAACUAACAUAUGUGCCGUCGGACUGGGUCCACAAGAACAGUUUUACGGAUGUGCAGACAUCGCCAUUUUACCAAGGAGUGGGUCAACACUGCCGACUAGAUCGACUACCAAGACGACAGACAGAACAAAAGCACCAACGAUAAAGAUAACAACGAGCACAACAAAAUCAACAAGGCCACCAACGACAUCGAAAUCGACAACGAUGACAAAAGCCACACCGACAACAAAUAGAGCGACAACGACCUCGAAGUCGACAACGACUACAAAAGUCACACCGACAACAAAUAGAGUGACAACGACCUUGAAGUCGACAACUAGGAUGACAACAAAAAUGACCACUAAACCAACGCCUACCACACUGAAGACAAGCAUUGCCACGACUAGCUCGGCAUCCGCAAAACCAACGACGACGACAAAAUCUAAUCAGCGACCGCUUUGUCGUGGAGCGGGAAUUUUCCGGGGAACCGUCAUGGACAACCGCUGUGUUUAUAUGUGCCAGAUGGGAACAUGCCCGGACAUAUUCUGUACGGAUGCAUGUCGCGAACUAUAUCCUAACGCUGUAUAAGAUCCCAAUAACUUUUAUUUUAAGCGAAGAAGUAAACUGACUGAAACACAACUUCGCAUGAACUCUGAAUACAACACAGAAAAUUGUAUUAAACUCACAACUGAUGGCCGUGUGAGGCAAAGUAAUAUAUGAAAGAAAUAUAAAGGAUGAAACUUAAUUUCCACAAGUCAUUUAAAUCAUUUCAUCUUUUAAUGAGAGGGACACUGUUUUCCUUUUUUUUAUGAUCUCUUAUUGAGAUAGUUUUACAUAUUUCGAGCGCUCAUCUUGAGGCAAUGCAAAGUCCAACUAUAUGUGAUUUACACACGGAUGGAGAGGUUAAACUUUUGAAUGUAUGCCCUGAGCGUGGUGUAAUAAAGUACUU